GGAGGCGCGGCGGCGGCGGCUGAGGUGCGGCUACCCCGAGAUCGCGGGCGUGGCGGACUAUGACAGUGCUUUCCGCCGAGUCCCUCUCCGGUUCGCUCUCCCGGAGGCUUCCGUGAACCAUCCCCCCCCGCCCCCCGCGGACCCACCCUCAGGUGAGGUCGGGGUCAGCGGCCGGGAAGAGAUCCAGGGAGCCCUGGAGCUUUGGGGACGCUCCAGCUUGGGGCUGCUGGGCCGGCGGGGUCUGGCCGAGGUGGCGAGGACUCCUCCCGCUGCUCAGUUUUGCUUAUAGGAAAAGAUGCUUGAAGGAAAGAUGGCUGAUAUUAACUUGAAAGAAGUGACGUUAAUAGUCAGCGUGGUUGCCGCCUGCUACUGGAACAGUCUGUUCUGUGGGUUCGUUUUUGACGAUGUUUCAGCAAUAUUGGACAAUAAAGAUCUGCAUCCAUCUACACCUUUAAAAACUUUAUUUCAGAAUGAUUUCUGGGGAACUCCUAUGUCUGAGGAGAGAAGUCACAAGUCAUAUCGGCCCUUAACAGUGCUAACAUUUCGCUUAAAUUAUCUGCUCAGUGAACUGAAACCAAUGUCGUAUCAUCUCCUAAACACAGUUUUUCAUGCUGUCGUUAGUGUGAUAUUUCUUAAAGUCUGCAAACUUUUUCUGGAUAGGAGGAGCAGUGUGAUUGCUGCUCUGCUCUUUGCUGUGCAUCCAAUCCAUACAGAAGCAGUGACUGGUGUUGUAGGAAGAGCUGAGCUUUUGUCGUCUGUCUUUUUUCUGGCUGCAUUUUUGUCAUACACUAAAUCAAAAGGACCAGACAAUUCCAUAGCGUGGACCCCGAUUGCACUGACAGUGCUUUUAGUGGCUGUUGCAACGUUGUGUAAAGAACAAGGAAUAACAGUCGUCGGUAUUUGUUGUGUGUAUGAAGUGUUUGUGGCCCAAGGGUAUACUUUGCCGUUAUUAUGUACAGUUGCCGGGCAGUUCCUCCGUGGAAAGGGCAGUAUUCCUGUUUCUAUGCUGCAGACACUCAUAAAACUCAUUGUCCUGAUGGUCAGUACAUUACUGCUUGUCGUGAUCAGAGUCCAAGUCAUUCAGUCCCAGCUCCCAGUGUUCACCAGGUUUGAUAACCCAGCUGCUGUAAGCCCAACCCCUACACGACAGCUAACUUUUAACUACCUCCUUCCUGUGAAUGCCUGGCUUCUGUUGAAUCCUUCAGAGCUCUGCUGUGACUGGACCAUGGGGACAAUACCACUUAUAGAGUCAUUUCUAGAUAUCCGAAACCUUGCCACUUUCGCUUUCUUUUGCUUUCUGGGGGCUUUGGGAAUAUUCAGUCUCCGAUACCCUGGUGAUUCCUCGAAGACUGUCCUAAUGGCACUUUGCUUAAUGGCAUUACCGUUUAUUCCUGCCUCAAAUCUUUUCUUUCCUGUUGGAUUUGUUGUUGCCGAGCGAGUACUGUAUGUUCCUAGCAUGGGCUUCUGUAUUUUAGUGGCUCAUGGGUGGCAAAAAAUUUCAAAUAAAAGUGUAUUGAAAAAGCUCUCUUGGAUUUGUUUGUCUAUGGUGAUAUUAACCCAUGCCUUGAAAACACUCCAUCGGAAUUGGGACUGGGAGUCUGAAUAUACAUUGUUUAUGUCAGCAUUAAAGGUGAAUAAAAACAAUGCAAAAUUAUGGAAUAAUGUGGGCCAUGCUCUGGAAAAUGAGAAAAACUUUGAGAGAGCCUUGAAAUACUUCUUGCAGGCUACCCAUGUCCAGCCAGAUGAUAUUGGUGCCCACAUGAAUGUAGGAAGAACUUACAAAAAUUUAAACAGAACUAGAGAAGCAGAAGAAUCUUAUAUGUUGGCUAAAUCACUAAUGCCUCAAAUUAUCCCUGGUAAAAAAUAUGCAGCCAGAAUUGCCCCAAAUCACCUAAAUGUGUAUAUCAAUCUGGCCAACCUCAUCCGAGCAAAUGAGUCCCGCCUGGAGGAGGCGGAUCAGCUCUAUCGACAGGCAAUAAGCAUGAGGCCGGACUUCAAGCAGGCUUACAUUAGCAGGGGAGAGCUGCUUUUAAAAAUGAAUAAACCUCUCAAAGCAAAAGAGGCAUACCUUAAAGCGCUAGAGCUGGACAGAAACAACGCAGAUCUCUGGUACAACUUGGCAAUUGUUUAUAUUGAACUUAAAGAACCAAAUGAAGCUCUGAAGAACUUUAAUCGGGCUUUGGAACUAAAUCCCAAGCAUAAACUAGCAUUAUUCAAUUCUGCUAUUUUAAUGCAGGAAUCGGGUGAAGUUAAACUGAGACCUGAAGCUAGAAAACGGCUCCUAAACUACAUAAACGAAGAGCCACAAGAUGCCAAUGGCUAUUUCAAUUUGGGCAUGCUUGCCAUGGAUGACAAAAAGGAUUCUGAAGCUGAGAUUUGGAUGAAGAAAGCCAUCAAAUUACAACCUGACUUUAGAAGUGCUUUGUUUAACCUGGCUCUCCUGUAUUCACAGACUGCUAAGGAGUUAAAGGCACUGCCAAUUUUAGAAGAGCUGCUCAGGUAUUACCCUGACCAUACCAAGGGUCUCAUUUUAAAAGGAGAUAUUCUAAUGAAUCAAAAGAAGGACAUACCUGGAGCCAAAAAGUGUUUUGAAAAGAUACUGGAAAUGGAUCCAAGCAACGUGCAAGGAAAGCACAACCUGUGUGUUGUGUACUUUGAAGAGAAGGACUUACUGAAAGCUGAAAGAUGCCUGGUGGAAGCAUUGGCAUUAGCGCCUCAUGAGGAGUAUAUUCAACGCCAUUUGAGUAUAGUCAGGGAUAAAAUUUCCUCUUCUGGUAUUGUGGAGCAGCCAGUGUCCCCAGCAGAUAUGACUUCAGGUACAGAAGAAAAAGAUGAAAUCCUUUCUGAGAAAGUAAAAGAAAUCAAAAGUGAACCCAAUCCAGCACAACUCAUAAAAACAAGUGAUCAUAAAAACUCGAAAUCCAACAAGCAAUCAACAGAAAGUGCAGACAAAGAGGCUCCCCAUAAAACAACAAAAGACAUCAAAGAAAUUGAGAAGAAAAGAGUUGCUGCUUUGAAAAGGCUAGAAGAGAUUGAACGCAUUUUAAAUGGAGAAUAAUGCUGUUCUCUAUCAAAGACUUCCAUUCUGUAUCGUGUGUUUGCUAAUACUGGAAACUGAAAAAUAAGAAUAUAUACUGUAUAAGAUCCUCCUUAUAGGAUCAAAACAAGAUUUUCAUUGAAGACCUAUCUGCCCCAGGAUAUAUGUUUUAUAAGAUAUGGCACAGAUUUGCUGACUAUAGUAGAAAUCUUAAAUUCCAGGUGAAAAACUUGAAACUUUUACUAUAGAAAGAAAAGGGCGUGGGAUUUUUUUUUGAGAUGGGGGAUGGGCGUGGGCUGGCAGGUCCAUCUACUAAUCUGAAUUGAAAUAAUAUGGGAUGUCAAAGAUGAACCCUUGGAGAUGAAUCCAGUAUAUCCUGGAUUUUGUGAAUUCCCAUUUAUGAGCUCUCCUAUAAUUUUUUCUUUACCUCUUGGAUCCAGGAAUGGAUUGAUAUUCGUUGAAGACGUUCCUUUUCCUUCAGUAGUUUUUCUCUUAACCCAAGGGACAUUGUACUACAAGUGCAUACUGUUUAUGCGUUUUUUAAUUGAGGUUUAGAAGGAAUGGUGGAUAAAACAUCUUAAAAUAAAUCAUGCAUCACUCAUAUAACAGAUAAAUUGUGACAUAAUAGCUUAGGAAUGCAUUUACAUAACUGCAGACUUGUCCUCAACCUCACUCUAAAAUUAGGCAGGUAGUUUUAGCUGUAUUCCUAGUGGUGCUCACUAACACUGUAUUUUCUGUUUUACACAGAGUAUUCUAACACUAACACUAUAUUUUCUGUUUUACACAGAGUAUUCUAACAUGAGCUACAUAAUCAUGACUACUCAUUGACUUUUGCUCCCCAAAGUGUUCUGUUUCUUGACAUAUUGUCAUCCUGAAAAGUCCCAGUCAUUCUAAUUCUAAGUUUUAGAAUAAUUAUAGUAAUGUCUUUCACCUUAGACUCUCUGGUCUUAAAUCAGUUUUCUGUUUCUCAAGUCACACCUUGAUCAUUCUUAGGUAUCUAAGCCACUACAGUCAGUGUAACUGAACACAAAACAAUGUGACAUUUAUUUUUAAACACUAACUUCUUAAUUAUCUUGUGGAAUAUAUUUUUAUUAUUAUUUAUUUUAACUACUGAUCUUUCAUAAUUUCCCUUAGUUAACUUUAGUUAAAAGUUCCCUUGAGUUAACUAAUCUCUAAUUAUGUAUGACUUAGAAACUAUGCUUCUGUAAUGUUGCUAAGAAAUCUUUUAUAAAUAGGUCACAAGAAACAUGUUCUGCAUUAAAGACCCAUUCCUUUUAGUUUCCCAGAGGAUCUGACAUAGUUUUUUUUUUUUUAAGAUAAUUUAAUGCCAGCACUGAUGCCAGUGGGUGUUAAUUCUUGACCCAGGAGAUUUUGUUAAACAUCAAAGCAAUAUUUCAAUGCUUAGAGUAUAGCUGUGUGACUUCAGAUAUGAAGUGGAGAAUACCUCAUAUACUUUCACUUGAAGUUGUUUUGCUCUAUUAUAUCCCUAGAAAAAGGGUUUGCUUGUAAGCACUACAGUUAGAAUUCCAGGUAAGCAGCUGCAGUAAGUUAAGGUAAAAGGAAAUCUAUGACAGCAGGCAUAGUAAAAGUAGAGCUGUCUUAGUAAACUCACACAGCUGAUUGAGUGGCAAAGAUAAAUAUUAGUAUUAUCCAAUCAUUUUAUAGAAAAAUCCUUUUAUUACCAUUCAUAAUAAUGUCCGUCACAAAGAAAAUACUCUUACUUGAAUUUUAAUUUAUUUAAAUCACAUCCAUCUUGAGUAGCAAUUAUUAAUUAUUACCAAUCAAUGAUGCUCAACCUCAUUUCAUAGUAGAAUCCUAUGGGAACUUUCCCACCCAUCCCAUAACAGUUAAAUAUAAUUUCUAGGCAAUUGAACCAGACUUCAGUUUUGCCAAACUUCUUCAGGUGAUUCUGAUUUGUACUUAGAGUGAAGUCUACUGGUCUAAAUUAGUUCACGAAAGUCUCUAUUUCUCCUGUGUUAACUUUGUAAAUUAGUGUUGCAACCCAAUUAAAUUUUAUUUAAACUAUUCAGACAAGGAAAAGUAAUGGAUACCACCCACCCUCAGCUGCCUCAGAGCUGUCUUUUAGAAGUGGGAAUCUGAACAUUGUUCAGCUCAAUCUACUGUCCCAUGUUUUUAGCUCUAAGACAUCUGAAUCAGGAAAACAGGACUUAUCACAGAUUGUGUUCUGAGGAAAGGAUGGAGUUUUCAUUUUUGAUGUUUUAUAAAUCUCCUGCGCAGAAGUUCUAGCAAAGCUUUGACAAUCUUCAAGGAGCAGUGUCGUAUCGCCUCCUUCACUGCUUCUCAGGAAGUAGAGUCAAAUUCUGAAUUGCUUCUAUAGUUGUUUUUGUUUCCCUGUUAAUUGAAAUUGGGAAUUUUCUAAUUUUUCUAGUGAGUAGCCCCAACCUACCAACCUACCUACCAACCCUUCCUCUUUGAGGCUGGGCUUUAUAAUGUUGCCCAAAUAGGUCUUGAACUCAGAGGCUCAAGUGAUCCUGGCCCAACUACCUGUGAGACUGGGACCACAGGCAUGCACAUCCUUGCCCAGCCCCAGUGAGUGACUUUCUGAAGUCGAUGACUUAGAGAAUAAAGUAACUAAAUAUAUCACUUUGUUUAACAGUUUUAUGUUUACUGUUAUGUAAGUAUUUGGUAUGUGAAUUAUGCAAGUCUAAUAAAACCUUAAGCCUUUCUUUUACAUCUGAGUUCUCAAUUUCAUGUUAUAGAAUGCUUCAAAGAUGCUUUAAUGAAAACUAUUAAGAAUAUAUAGAUUUCUAUGUCAAUUUAUACUUCAAAAAUUCAUAUAUUUGUCAUAUUUAUUUUUUAUAUGCAUGACCAAAUGAUAUUUAAAAUGAGCCCUCAAAAUAUCUGGUAACUAUUAAAACUUAUCACCCAUUCAUAUUAAGGGUUCAUUCAAAAGUAGUUUAAAAUUGUAUGCAAUUUAUAUUACUAUGCUGUUUGUGUGUAGCACAUUUCUAAAUAUUCAUUAUUAAAUUGUUAAUUUUUAAAACUUUCAACCUGAUUGCCUUUUGAUGUUAAAAAUGAAAUGCAAAGUUUUUAUAUAACAGGUCUGCCUGCAGAAGGAAAUGAUUGAAUUGACAUGUAAUUUGUUAGAAGUUACAUUUGAAAAUUAUAUAUUAUAAAUUAAUUCCUGAUAAUGAUACACUCCUAACUAUUGGUGACAGAAGCCAAAAUAAAAAAAUAAAAAUGCUAAACUCAAACUUGGAAUUUUAUGUAAAGUUUAUGUCUGCAUCUGUCCAGGUUAUCACCCUCACUGUAACAUAGAGUAAGUUGUUUAUCUUGUUUCCUCAGUCUUCUGGUAUGCAAAUUAUUUCUUAAGGUUUUUUUUUUCUUCAAAGAGUGUCAUUACUUAUAUUGCACAGAAAAAUUUUAAGUGGUUGGGAAACAGAUUUAGUUUUUACAUUAAACACAAGUCUUACGCUCUAUUGGGUAAAUGCAGCUUGACUUAUAUACAUGCCAGCAUAAAUAUCAGUGAUAUCCUAACAGCAAACAAAUGAUUUAACGCUAAUGCUUAUGCAGAGAUUACCUAAAGAAAAUGACAUGCUGGGGUAAAUUUAAAUUUAAAUGAAAACUAUGCUUAAAAUAGCAAUACUGUAUUACCUUGCUCUUUAACAGAUAUCAGGGAUAAUUCAAAAAAAGUGUCAUGACUAUAUGGAAACAAAUUCUUUACACUUUAUCAAAACCCUCUGUGUCUAUAAUGUAGCUAUUUCCCAUCAAAAUGAGUUUAUAUUCUAUAAGGGUUUGGUGCCUUUCUAUUUCUGCUUGAAUAAAGUAGAUCUCAAAAAUCA